GGCCUCUGCUUGUUGCCUUGCUCGCUCACGUUGUCCGUGCCACAGACACCUGCUCUCGCCCUGCGCUCUGCGCUCACUGCUCCCUGGAAUACUGCAGACUCCUGGUGUCACUUGGCCUCAGCCCUGGUGGGGCAAAGCUAUUCGCCCAUCUCCCCAACCCCAGCACCCACCCACCCGAGAUGGCCCGAGUCUGGGACAAAAAACGGUGCAGCUCUUUGCCCCAAGCGGGGUAAGGAGUUGUGGGCGCGUGGUCUGAGAUGAGGGCCUCGGGACAAGCGGGAUGCAGGGAUUAUCAACAGUCUCCAGCUGGAGUGGUUGAGAAGGAGCCAAGGAGAAUUUAGGUCUGCUUGCCGCGGCUGAGCGUCCACUCUACUUGUGGAAAAAGCAGCGGAGGGACCGGCGGGGACUGGGGCGCGGGCGGGAGAGCUUCGCGGGAGCCAGAGGAGGUGGCAGUAGGAAGCCAGCCCAGGCGGAGACCGGGAGACGGAAGCUCGGAAGCGCGCACUCCCUCGCCUAGGAAUGGGUCCCGGCCUGGCCUGGCCCCUCCCCGGCCUGCCGGGUAGAAGCUGAGUUGAGGUGCCCCGUGGUCCGGCGGAGAGCAAGGGACUGCCAGUGCCCCCCACCCCCGCCCUGGACCUAGCCUUCUGCGCCCCCAGCGCAGCGCCCCCCGCCUGAGCUGCGCUGGGCAGGGAGCGGGGCUGAUUGGCGGCCGCCAGCGGCCGGGGGAGGGGGCGUCGCGCGGGGCCAUGGCAGGCUCCGAAGAGUCCUAGCCCGAUUGAAGCCCCGCCGAGCCCACGCUGUCGCCGCCGCCGCCACCCCUCCGCGCCCGGGCCGCCGCCGCGCCCCCCGCGGGAGAUGGACCAGAGGACCCCACUCGGCGCCCUCGGAUACCUGCCGCCGCUGCUGCUCCACGCCCUGCUGCUCUUCGUGGCCGACGCUACAUUUACCGAAGUCCCCAAAGAUGUGACAGUACGGGAAGGAGACGACAUCGAAAUGCCUUGCGCGUUCCGGGCUAGCGGAGCCACCUCUUAUUCGCUGGAGAUUCAGUGGUGGUACCUCAAGGAGCAGCCCCGGGAGCUGCUGCACGAGCUGGCGCUCAGCGUGCCCGGCGCCCGGAGCAAGGUAACAAAUAAGGAUGCAACUAAAAUCAGCACGGUGCGCGUGCAGGGCAAUGACAUCUCGCACCGGCUCCGGCUGUCUGCAGUGCGGCAGCAGGACGAGGGCGUGUACGAAUGCCGCGUGUCGGACUACAGCGACGACGACACGCAGGAGCACAAGGCUCAGGCGCUGCUGCGUGUGCUCUCGCGCUUUGAACCGCCCAACAUGCAGGCGGCAGAGGCCGUGUCCCACAUCCAGAGCAGUGGUCCACGACGCCAAGGCCCAGCCAGCUCUGCCAACGCCAACAACAACGUGGGUGCUACUGGCAUAAUGGGCCGUGCCACCUCAGAACCCAGCCUGGACAACAAGAAUUCUGUUCCUGGGAGCCCUCCUGCAAUCCGAGGCCCUGGAGUCCCGGAGGCUGUUGCUGCCUCUGCAGUCCACACAGUCACCACCACACCGGCGACUGCCACUUCUUCAGCAUCACCACCAUCCAGCCAGGGGGUCUUUCUGCUUCAGAGGCAUGAUUCAGGUCCUUUGGAAUCCUGCCACUGCUGGGAAAAUGGAAAAGAGAGACUUCCCAGCCAGGAGCUGUUUGGGCUGGCGCGCCUUUGGCAUGCCCAUGAGGGGUUGGUAUGCCCACUGUGUUCUUUGAGGGCCUCUUUCAAAUGGCUUCAGGCUGUGUCUUAUCCUACUCACUAUCUAAACCAUAAAAAGCUAAUAUUCACACAGCCAAAGCAGCUUUGAUUUCUCUAAGAGUGAUUAGCAAAAUGGUGAUACUUGUUUAAUAUAAAGAAUGAAUCAGCUCUUAUUUCAUCCAAGGGCUUUCCUCACCCCCAAGCAGCCUGAUUUUCCAGCUUAAUCAUGACAAAUAAACUUUUGCAUAUUCUGGUGCUAUUCCUGGCACUCCUUAGAAAAACAGGAAAUAAAAAGGCUAUCAGCAUCUAUUCAACACAGCAGCCUCCAUGCUCUAAGAACAUAGAGACUAUCAGACUACUUAAUAAAGAGGCCAAGAUAAGCGGUCCUACCUAGCCAAGUCCAAGACCCAGGACUGGCUUGGCCCUGGGUCAGGAUGAGCCCCCAGACAGCAGUGGGUGGUCUGGCUUCUCCAGGAAAUGUAAUGUCAGGGACCAAAACAACAGAUGCUGAAGAGUCUCAGCAGUGUAGUUAUAGACAAUUGUCAAUCUUCCUCCAAGAAGAUAGCACAUGGGGGAGGGGGCACUGGGCUGCCAGACUCCCAAAUGCUGACCCCUGUGGUAUGACCCCUUUUCCUCCAGGACCAUCCUGGGAGCAAGUCUUCUCUGAGUUACUGAGGAAGCCAAAGGAAGUGAAGAAAGUGCUUGACUAGCUGGUAAAUGAUAAGGCAAGAAGUUCCAAAACCCUGGUCCUUCUUUUACCAAAAAUUCAAGCAUGUCCGUCUUGAAAAAAGGAGUUAUGGAGGUGUUUAUCCUGCCUAUUCUGGCUGGGAAAAUGUUCCUCUUGAAAGAAAGACAGCCCUCAAAAUUAGUUCUUCUCUGGCACUUUCCCAAAAAAGUGGCUAUUUUGUCCUUUUCUGUAGCAUCUAUUUGUACAGUAUUUGACUCCAUUUGAAGUAUUUCUAGGUUUUGUCUUUUUUUUUGGUGGGGGGGAAUCUGCUAUUCUAGUCUUGCUUAAUCUGGAGCUAGUGAACCAAGCCAUAAUUACAUGAGGUUUCUAUUUCACAAGAUCCAGGGAGAUAAGUGAUGUUGCCUGGCACACAGCAAAUCAGCAAUAGACCUGGGCCUGCCAGUCAUGCUAGGUGCCAUACUGAUGCCCUCAGCACCUAGCUUGGUCCUUUCUCUGGUCCUUUCUCUAACCAAGCCAAAUUCUGAAUACUUUAUAGACAUCCACCAGCAUAGACACCACAAACCCCAGCAUACACCCUCUCAAGACUGGACCUUCCAGAGCCACUACUAUAGCCCUCCAACCCUUGCUGCUCCCACUCUGGCCGAGCACAGAGUGAUAGCCCAGUUUUUCAUUCUAAUGUCUUUUGAAACUUUAAACAGUUUUUUAAAAAUUAAGGAUGCAUAGGUGAGCAUGUAAUAAUAA